AUGCUAACCCUCUGGGCCUUGGCCAUCACACUGGCUGUCCAGGCAGAAACGCUUGACCUGCUGGCCCCACCUACACUGCUGGGAAAACUUCCUGUCGAAAGACCCCUUCUACUACCUGGACAGUUCGGCAGAUCUCCACCAACUCCAAACGGUUCUUCAUCUGUAAAAAAUCUAUUGGGGACUUCAAAUCCUGGCUGUAUCCCCGUGGCCAAGUACUUCAUGUCUAGCAGCAAACUCAAUGACUAUCUGAACACCACCCUGCCACCACAGAUUGAGAAGAUGCUGAUGUGUGCGGAUGUGGAUCUGGCCGGUGUGCUUGGGACAGUGUUAGACACAGUGUCCAACCUGGACGUGCUGUCUCUGUUAGACCUCUCUUCCUCCCUCAAUAUCCUUGGCGACAGUGGCCUUACUGGUGUCCUGGGCAAGGGGAGCAACAGCAAGUCCUCAAAGUCACCAUUGCCUUCACUCUCAAAAGCCACUGAUGCUGUCAGCAACCUGCUACCCUUGGCCCAAGGAGCCCUGAGCGGCCUACUACCCAACACUGUGGCGAGGGAGCCUGCAAAAAAAGCUGACCAGGACUCUUCUCUUCUCUCAAACCUCCCCCUGCCCCUGCCCCUGCCCCUGGGUGGUGUGCUCAACAAAGUCGGCGAGCUCAAAGAAUCCGCCGAGGGAGUACUAAAGAGUGCGGUGCCAAGUGGCAUCGAUGAUGCACUCUCAGGCGUGCUGGGAAAUAUUAACGUGAAAGAUCUCCUGAUAGGAUUAGAGGUUCAAAAAGCGACUGUGGAGAACAUGAUGUUGACCGUGACAGAUGAUGAGAUCCUCGUUCAAGCUGUGACUACCGCCUUCAUAGGUGGAAAAGGCCUGUUAGGACCUGUAAUCAGCAUACUGGGAUUUCAAAUAAAUGGCGAUGUGACUCUGAAAAUUGGUGUUAACACAAACGACACCCAGUGUGUCAGCCUCCAAGUCCAGGACACGGUCAUCAAGGCUACGAAAGUGUACCUUCAGUUGGUGAAGACGGUCACAGAUACUUUGCCUCUCCCUGUCCCUCUGCCCUUGGAUGAUGUCAUUCCUCAACUGCUGACAGUUGCCAUGAAAGAGAAAAUGAAAGAAUCAACCUCAUGUGACAUUGACCUCGGUGAUUUCCGCGAAUGCAAGAAGUCUACUGGCUUGUUCGAGUACCAACUUAAAAGUUUCCAGCUAUCUGAAGAAGGUCUUUCAACCCUCUACUGUGCCUCCUUUAACAGAAAAGUCCUUCUGCCUGGAAGCCCCCUUUCUCCAAAUCCUAAAAAUGCCAACAUUUCCAUAACUAUGUCUAACAUAAUGCUCAGGGAAAUCAUCACCCUCAGUGCCAAGCAGAGCUCCAUCCAGAUGAAUAACCUGAAUACAUACAUCACCAGAGUAUUCUAUGCCAGCCUGCCAGACAACCAAGUCCAAGCCAUCUUCUGGGUGAACGUGGAUAAGGAUGGUGAGAGCUUUGCCCAAGGGCAAACGAAGAUACUCGUCUCCUAUGAUUGCAAGAUUUUAAACGGCAAAUUGGUAUCAGACAUCAAGAUUGUAAGAUUUGAACACAGCAUGAAACCCCCUGAGGCUAUGGACGAGCUAAGAGAUGUGAUGUCUGCAGUUAUGAAGAAAUUUAUAUCUACCAUUAGUGAAGUUUCCAGUCAAUGGAAUAUUCCACCAGAAAUAGCCUCAAAUCUGCUAAACAAUGCCAAGGCUGAACUACUUAAAUCGAGACGCUGGUCUAUAAAUGAGGGCUGCAGCUUUCCGUCCGACAGUCCCAGCAACAGCAGGAGGAGCGGCAGCUUCCGGAAAAGGUCGCCCAUCAACACCGACCCAUCGACACUGGGCAAGAUAUCAGCCACCAAGAUGCUAACCCUCCUGGCCCUGGCCAUCACACUGGCUGUCCAGGCACAAGCGCUUGACCUGUUGACCCCACCUUCAGUGCUGGGAGAACUUCCUGUCAAAAGACCCCUUCCACUUCCCAUACAGUUCCGCAGACUUCUCCCAGCUCCAAAUGGUUCUCCCCCUACAAGACGUCUAGCUGAGACUCCCCCUGUGGUCAAGAACAUCAUGUCUAGCAGCAAGCUCUAUGACUAUCUGAACACCACCCUGCCACCACAGAUUGAGAAGAUGCUGAUGUGUGCGGAUGUGGAUCUGGCCGGUGUGCUUGGGACAGUGUUAGACACAGUGUCCAACCUGGACGUGCUGUCUCUGUUAGACCUCUCUUCCUCCCUCAGUAUCCUUGGCGACAGUGGCCUUACUGGUGUCCUGGGCAAGGGGAGCAACAGCAAGUCCUCAAAGUCACCAUUGCCUUCGCUCUCAAAAGCCACUGAUGCUGUCAGCAACCUGCUACCCUUGGCCCAAGGAGCCCUGAGCGGCCUACUACCCAACACUGUGGCGAGGGAGCCUGCAAAAAGAGCUGACCAGGACUCUUCUCUUCUCUCAAACCUCCCCCUGCCCCUGCCCCGGCCCCUGGGUGGUGUGCUCAACAAAGUCGGCGAGCUCAAAGAAUCCACCGAGGGCGUACUAAAGAGUGCGGUGCCAAGUGGCAUCAAUGAUGCACUCUCAGGCGUGCUGGGAAAUAUUAACGUGAAAGAUCUCCUGAUAGGAUUAGAGGUUCAAAAAGCGACUGUGGAGAACAUGAUGUUGACCAUGACAGAUGAUGAGAUCCUCGUUCAAGCUGUGACUACCUCCUUCAUAGGUGGAAAAGGGUGA